GCUGUAUUUUCAUGGCCUGCGAGUGAAAGUUUCCAAUAUUUUCUGUUAUUUUAUUUAGAAACUUUACUGUGACAUUCAUUAAUUCUUCAGACAUUUCCCUUCACCUUUUGCAUCGCUAUUUUUUUUUUGUGCAACCUCGGUGUUAAUUAUAGUUUAAAGAUGCAGCAAGAUACUGUGUCAUUUCAAUCGCUUCUGGAAAGAUUUGAGACUACUAAAAAGGAGUUGCUUAAUACGGAACAAACUAUUCGGCGAAUUACUGGUAGGGAUCCGGAUAGUACGUUUCCGCAAUCCAGCGCCGCUCCAGCUGGACGGCCUGGAUUGUUUGUUAACAAGAAAAGGCCAAGGUUUCCAAUAAAACCACAGGAGCGAGAACCAACUCCCGAAGAGUAUGAAAGUCCGGAUGAAGAUGGAGGACUCAAGAAAAAACCCUCCAUCCAAUCGACCGUCGUUGCCGCUGCAAAGGAUGUCAAAAGCCGCAGAGAUGUCAUUCAUGAACAGAAUAUAAAUUCAAAAGUAACUGCCAGGAAUCGUAGAAUGAUGGGAUUGGUCCUGGGAACUUUACAAAAGUUUCAAAAUGAAGAAAAGAAAAGAAAAGAGCAGGUUUUAAAAAAAAUUGAAAAAGAGCAAAAGGUAGAAGCUGCAGCUGAAGUAGAGAAAGAACAAAUGAAGAAAGAAAAAGAAGAACUUUUCCACAAUAGGAAAGAAAAGCAAUGUGAGUUGCGUUGCUUGGAAAAGAAACUAGAAAUUGCCGAAGUGUAUGAGGUUUGGCAAAAAAGUUAUAAAAAUAUGCUCAACUAUAUAACAACCAAAGCAAAGCCUCACAUAUGUUACCUACCAGCUGUCCUUGAUAGUAAAAGUAAAAAAUGCUUGGAAGAAAGUAAAGCAAAGGCAUUAGAACUUCUAGAGGAAUAUCGUACAAACACCGAACAAGAAUUAGUUCAAAUUGAAGAAUGGUAUAAGAAGGAACCUUUUCCUCAGGACAAGGAAAAUACCCCAGAUGUGGAAGAUCCUAAUGACAUUCCAGAGGCAGUGAAAGAAAUGCUGAAUCCAGAGCCAAAAGUUGAAGAAAAAACCCCUCCAAAUCCCGACGAUGGUCCCUCCGUGCCAGAAACGAUCCCCGAAUUUCCAGUGGAAUCUGAAGAACAAAACACAAUGGACACAGAAACGGCAGAAGAAAAUAUUAGACAUGCAGUAGAUCAGGAAUUUGAGCCUAUCUAUGAUUAGCAAAUCUUGUAAGUAAUUUUGCCCAAUGAAAAUCGUGCAAAAGUUUUAUUUUUCAUCAUGGUAUUUACCACCUAUUGAAUAGUACAUAAUUAAAAGUAAUGUAAUAAGUCAGUGGGAUCAGUAUAAAUUUUACUGUAAUCAUGUAAAUAGUUAUGCAAUUUCUUCUACCAAAGCUGAUUUGAUAUAUAGAAAAAAUAUUUUGUUACACUUUAUUGGGUAUUCAAAAUCGGAUAUUCACUCUACCUAUAAGAUAAGUAUUUUGUUAUAGUCAUUUGCACUAUAUUUGAUGCUAAUAGGCCAAAAUUUAGAGAACGAAAAAUGUACAUAAUAAAACUCUUGAAAUAAAAACAUGUAUC